GUAAAAUAAAAAGUGGACGCUUUAUUUGUAGCAUUUUUUCUUUUUCUGUAAUAUAUAUUAUAACAAAUGUCCAGACCUUAUUCUGAUACAGACGAGUAUUCAGACGGAGGCCCUGAAUUCCAUGUUGUGCCUUCUUCAUCUCAUUACGAUCCUUCGGAACCCGAUUAUGAAGAACGCCGUGCAUCGCGCGAUCCUUUAGUAGACGACGAGGAGGAAGACGAACAAGUUAUUAGCAAACAAGCGGUUGAUACUGUGGCUGUGGAAGAAGUUCCACCUAUCGAAUGGCACCCAGCUCUUGUGAUAGUUGCCAAUGGACUCAAGACGAUCUUUUCACCCAUCUUUAAAGUAGUGUUUGCACCACAGACCCAACGAGCCAUGAUCAAGAGUCUUGUUGUGGUGAUUUUGGUAGCCUGGAUUUUGAUGACUAGUUUCACCGCUUAUCUUACCUUUUAUCAACGUUAUAUACCCAAAACUGCACAUAUCGAACCCAUCUAUUUCCAAUAUUCUAAUACAGACCUUCCAAAGGGUCAGGUUCAAUUCACAGGACCCAAUCCAGUUAUGCCUUUAAGAAGCGAUCAAGCAUAUGAUAUUUCUGUUCAACUUCAUAUGCCUACAUCUGAUAUUAAUUUUGAUUUGGGCAACUUUAUGGUUCAUGUGGAACUAUUAACACAAAACGGUACUAGCUUGGUUACAUCCAGUAGACCUGCUAUUCUUCGAUAUCAAUCCACUACACAACGUAUUCUUCACGUCUUUGCAAAGGCAUUGCCUUUAUUAUUUGGUUGGACUGAAGAGAGUCAGGAAAUUAAUAUCAUGUUGAUCGAGAAUUAUAUUGAUAAAAAGACAAACCCCAUUACACAAGCUCGUGUUACCCUGUCCUCAGCGAAGUUACAAGUUUACGACGCUAAUAUUAGUGCUAUUGCCGAUUUCCGUGGAUUAAGAUACUACAUGUAUCAUCGUAGAAUCACAACAGCCUUCAUCUUUAUGGUAUUAUUUACAGUGAUAGAACUCAUUUUUGCCUCAAUUGCAUGGAAAGUGUUUGGACAGAAUCUAUGGGAAAAGUUAAACCAAUUAUUUUCGGCGGAUGAUGUUGUGUCAGAGGAAGCAGAGGAAAUUCCACAUAGACCUGUCAGUCAAUACAAUACAGAUGAUGAUGAUGAUGAUGAUUAUUUAACAGAAGAUUAAAA